UCCGCCGCCGCCUCCGCCGGCCGCCCGGACUGCCGGGCUGCUGCGGUCGUCGCGGCCGGGAUCGGUGCAGCCCGUCGGCUCCUUGGUCCCGCGCAGCGGCCCGCUCUCCAGCACCUCCCGAAAUGGGACGCCGGUCAUCAGAUACUGAAGAAGAAAGCAGAAGCAAGAGAAAAAAGAAACACCGUAGACGGUCAUCUUCAAGUAGUUCUUCAGAUAGUAGAACAUAUAGCCGAAAGAAAGGUGGAAGGAAAUCAAGGUCAAAGUCAAGAUCUUGGUCCAGAGAUCUUCAGCCUCGCUCUCAUUCAUAUGAUAGAAGACGCAGGCAUCGAUCAAGCAGUAGCUCUUCAUAUGGCUCUCGAAGAAAACGAAGUCGAAGUCGUUCAAGGGGUCGAGGGAAAUCCUAUAGAGUUCAGAGAUCUAGGUCAAAAAGCAGAACAAGAAGGUCUAGGUCAAGACCUCGUCCACGUUCUCAUAGUCGAAGCAGUGAAAGGUCCAGUCACCGAAGAACCCGUAGUCGGUCUCGGGAUAGAGAAAGACGUAAAGGCAGAGAUAAGGAGAAAAGAGAAAAAGAGAAGGAUAAAUGCAAGGACAAGGAAUUACACAACAUCAAACGUGGGGAAUCCGGAAACAUCAAAGCUGGAUUAGAACAUCUGCCACCGGCCGAACAGGCCAAAGCCAGACUACAGCUGGUUCUUGAAGCUGCUGCAAAAGCUGAUGAAGCAUUGAAAGCAAAAGAAAGAAAUGAAGAAGAAGCGAAGAGAAGAAAGGAGGAAGACCAAGCCACCCUGGUAGAACAAGUAAAAAGAGUAAAAGAAAUUGAAGCCAUUGAAAGUGAUUCUUUUGUUCAGCAGACAUUCAGAUCAAGUAAAGAAGUCAAAAAGUCGGUGGAAGCUGGUGACGUGAAGCACACAACUGCAGCAUCAGGACCAGCAUCAGUAGUUGCUGAUCCACCCAGUACUGAAAAAGAAAUAGACCCUAGCAGCAUCCCCACUACCAUCAAGUACCAAGAUGACAAUUCUCUGGCCCAUCCAAAUCUAUUUAUUGAGAAAGCUGAUGCUGAGGAAAAGUGGUUCAAGAGAUUAAUUGCUCUCCGACAAGAAAGGCUAAUGGGCAGUCCUGUGGCCUAAGUGAAAUACAUAUGGUUGAAUUGACAGUAACAUUGGAAAUUUAGGUUUUAAAAUCCCAGUAUUAACGUUUUACUCUUAAAAAGCAGUUAGCUGAUUAUAUUAAAAGGUAAUACCAUUUCAUUUUUUUCUCACGUAGGCUUGAAUAUUUGUUGAUUUGAACUUAAACAUUGCGAAUAUUAAAACUAGUGUGAAAUUUAACAAUGCAUGAAAAUGUCAUACUGUUAAUAAAGCUAAUCUUAAAAAUAUCAGUGAUAAUAAAAAUAAAUGGUACAUA